AUUCAAAAUUAUAAAAUUAUAAAAAUAAUAUAUAAUUUUUAUAUAAUAUUUAUAUCCGCGAAAUCAUGAACAACCACCUAGUAAAUAUAUAAUAUCCUAACAUCUUUCCUUUUAUUAGUGAGUUUUAAAUUGAGGUAAUUUCUUAAUGGGGUUGGUUUUCUGAUUUUAACAUUUCUAACAAAAUAUUUGAUGUGUUUUUAUUUGAUUUUGAAAACACGGAGCAAAAUGCAGUAUAUUAUUAAAUAAGAGUACUGGAUUGCUAGAAAUGUUAUGUAAAAGAAAGUGGGGGUAGAAAAAUAAAAAUGCACAGUACCUAAUAUUCAUGCCUUCCAUUCCUUUGUUUGGAAGGUGAAAUGCAUCCCAGAAGAUACACUUCUUGUAGGGCAGAUGACGACUUAACCACUUGCCAAUAAUUAUUGGAUAUCAUCAAAUUAACAGUGUAAAAAAUUGUUUUCAUCAACAUCCCCUAUAUAUUAGUUCUGAAGCAUUACAAUAUUUUUUGCAGCCACGUAUUAUCACUAAGAUAAUUCUUAAGAAAAUAAAUUGAUUCAUAUAAAUAUAUAUUAUAUUUUUUAUUAAAAUAACUAUCAAAUUGAUUAGUAGUUUACAAAAUAAUAUUAUUAAUUCUUUCCUUAAAUAAAAACUAUGGAAUUAUCUAAUAUGAUUAGCAUAUAUAUGACAAUUAAUGAUUAUGAAUAAUACAUAUUUGAUAAUAAUUUUUGUAUCCUCACUCUUCUUUGUUUAACUUUAUAUUAUUAAAAUAAAUUAAACAAUCACAUUAAGCAUAUAAUUUAAGCAUUAUAAUACAUAGUUUACGGAUUGUUCUCAAUUGGUGAAGAUUGUUUCAGAACCUAAAGAAUGACCAACAUUUAAAAGCUACCUGGAAGACAUUAAGCUUCUCAGAAGAAGUUUCCUCAACUCAGAAAUCAUUCAUGUUCCUCGGAUGGCGAACCUCAAGGCGGAUAGCUUAGCACGCACUGCUAGAAAACAACCCUUUUUUGUCGUACGCAUUGAUGCAUAGUUACCAUUUUGGUUUACAGAGUCAACAUAAGUCUGUAAAUGUUUGCUGUAAAAAAAAAAUCACAUUAAGCAUAUAAUUAAAAAAAAUUAGACUUUUUCUUAUAUGUUAUGUUUUGAAUUUUUUAAAACGACUAUAAAUUACUAAAAAUAGUAAAAUAUCAAUGGUUUAACUUUUUUUUGUUCAAUCAAGAUACAAAAGAUCAUAAAUCAUAUUAAUAUACAUUAAUAAAUAUUCAUAUUAAUAUCAUUUAAAAUAAAUUAUAUACUAUAUAAACAAGAAAUUUCCUAGAAUGACCAAAAUAAGUUUUAUUAAAGGGUAAAUAUAUAUAUUUUAUACCCUAAGGUUAACUAAUUUAGCCUUAUGAUUUAGAGUUAAAGUAUGGGGUUUUGAGGGUAGAGUUUCAAACUUUAAAAAAUAAAAAAAUAAAUAUUUAAAAUUUUAAAAUAAAAAGAGCUAUUUUGAUCAUUUUUUAGACAUUGUUUUGGUGACAAAAAUUUAAAAUGACUAUUUAAGAGAAUUGCCCAUAUGAAAAUAUAUUGAUUUCAAAAUUUGUAUUGAAAAAUUAUUGAGAUCUAAAUAUUAGAUGAUAACUUGUGGAGAGUCAAUAAUAAACAAAUCGAGAGAAGAAAUCCUAAUCUUAUUUUAUUAUUUUACAAUCGAUGUUUCCUAUCUGGUUUUGAUGAUUUGUGUCAGCCACAAAACUUAAUUUUUUUGUGCAUAUGAAGUAUUACAAAUAUUUAAAUGAGUUCUAAUACGUUUACUAUUCACCAACGGUGAUAUAUUUAAGAGAUCAACAUUUGUAUUUGUCAUUUUACAACUGAUAAAAAUUGUAGUGUUACAAAAUGUUAAAACUAUUUAAUGAACAAACAUUAGAAUAAAAAACUAAUCCGCGCGCAAAUUAUCAUCUAGAGCAUUACAACUUUUUUGGUUGCCACGUGUUAUUACCACACUGAUUCUUAUAAUCUUUACAGAAAUAGGUUGGUUCAAAUAAAUAUAUAAUAAGUUUUUUAUUAACCUAACCAUAAAUUAAUUAUUAAUGUUCUCAGUUAUUUCUUUAAAUAAAAACUACAGAAUUUACUAAUGUGGUUAAAGUAUAUAUGACAAUUAAUGAAUUUAAAUAAUAAAGAUUUGAUACAGUUAGUGCACCCUCUAUCGUUUUUGUUUACCUUUAAAUUAUUAAAAUAUAAAUUAACAAUCACAUUAACCAUAUAAUAAAAAUUUAGAUCUUUCCGUAUAUAUUAUAUUUUGAAAUUUUUAAAAAGUCUCACAUUAAAAAAUUUAUGCUCCAUGGUUUAAUUUUUUUAGACAAGAAGCAAAUGAUUAUAAAAUCAUAUAAGAUUACAAAAUCAUAUAUAUAUAUUAUGAUUAAAAAAAUAUAUAUAUUAAUAUCUUUUAAAUUAAACUAUAUACCAUAGAAAAUAAAUAAAUAUUUUAGUUUUGAAAUUUUGUUUAAACAAUUUUUUUAUAAAAGUUUUUAACAAUUACUGACAACUUAGUAUUUAAAUUUCAAAAUUUGUAUAGAAUUUUUUAAAAAAUUAUAAAUUACUUAAACUUUUAAACAUUACACAAUGAAAAUGGUGUUAUCAGUGAUUUAAAGUUUUUUUAUAAAAAGAUACAAAUCAUCAAAAAUACAAAUGAGUAGAAUGCAUCAUUUAACAUAUAUCAAUAUUAAAAUAUAUUAUAUAUUUAAGUAUAUAUUAUUUAAAUUUAAUUAUAUACAAUAUAAAAUAGAAAAGGUAAUUGUUUCGGUUAACAAAAUUUAUUUAUGUAUUCUCACCAAUUUAAUUAUAUAUUUAAUAGUUACUAAUUUUAUCUAUAUAUCCAAUAUAUUAUUUUAUAAUAUGUAAAAGAAUAUAUAACACGUAAAAUAAUUUGAAUAUACAAUGUUCAUCCGGUGCCUUGAAAGUCAUGUGGGUACCUGCUGCUUGUGGAAUUUUUAGACUUAUAGUUUUAUAUUUAAAGCCCCUCUUUCGGAGAACGAGUAGGGAGCACUUUAUCUUUACAAGCUUUUAUGAUCAUGAAGCUGUUUCUUUUACUUGCGUUCAACCCUCUCAUCUUAUUCCAAAUUUUGGAUGCGAGGUUUAUUCAUGAAGCGUCUAAGCUUGAUGGUAACGCUGAUAGAAAAGCUUUACUAGUGUUCAAGUCUCAAGUUUUUGAAAACAAUAGAGUAGCCUUGGUCUCGUGGAAUGACUCAACUCCGUUCUGCCAAUGGAAAGGUGUUACAUGUGGCCGCAAACAUAAAAGAGUUACAGGUUUAGACCUGGGAGGGUUAGAACUUGGUGGGAUCAUCUCGCCUGCUAUCGGUAAUCUUUCUUUCCUCAGAUCUCUUAAUCUUGAAGAGAACUCUUUUGGUGGUACCAUCCCAAAAGAGGUGGGAAUGUUGUUUAGGCUUCAACAGUUGAAUAUGAGCUAUAAUAAUCUCAAAGGAGGGAUUCCAACAAGCCUGUCUAACUGCUCUAGAUUGGUGACACUUGAUUUAACAUCAAACAAUCUUGUAAACGGUUUACCGUCAGAGCUAGGAGGAUCGUUGUCUAGCCUUGAAAUUUUGUUUCUUAGUAAAAACAAUCUUUCAGGGAGGUUUCCAACAUCUUUAGGAAACCUAACAUCACUCAGAAAACUUUCCAUUGGAUUUAAUAACAUGGAUGGAGAGGUUCCAAAAACAAUAGGUAGACUGAGCCAGUUGAUAAAUCUCCAAAUUUCAAUGAAUAAUCUCUCAGGUUUUUUCCCACCAGCAAUUUACAACUUAUCCUCACUUAGGUAUUUGUCCAUUGGUGCCAACCAUUUCUCGGGUAGUCUAAGGCCUGAUUUUGGAUAUAUGCUUGCAACACUUAGAGAGUUGGUAUUGGGAAUGAACUCUUUCUCAGGAGAUCUUCCAAAAACAAUAUCCAAUAUCUCGACCCUUGAAGUGCUAGAGGUUUCAGAAAACCAUUUCACAGGAAGUAUCCCAGUUAGUUUUGGAACAUUACAAAAUAUUCAAUAUUUGGGGCUUCACAAAAAUUUUUUUGGAGGAAACAGCCUAGGGGAAGAUCUUGAAUUUCUCAAGUCUUUGGUCAACUGCACUAAGCUUCAAAUGUUGGAUGUUGGUUACAAUAGACUUGGAGGGGAAUUUCCAAUCCAUGUAGCUAAUCUUUCUAACGAUCUAACAAAAAUAUUCCUUGGAGGAAAUCUCAUAUCUGGAGGCAUUCCUCAUGAGAUUGGGAAUCUCAUAAACCUGCAAGCAUUUGCCAUGGAGAGUAAUUUGUUGACACAAGGAAUACCAGCAUCUCUUGGGAAGAUUUCAGGAUUAAUUUUGUUGGCACUGCACUCAAAUAGAAUGUCAGGAGAGGUACCAAGUGAUCUCGGAAACAUCACUCGGUUAGAGAUGCUCCAAUUAUUCCAAAAUCAUUUUGAAGGAGGCAUUCCUCCUAGUCUUGGAAACUGUAGUUUCCUGUUAUCCCUUUGGAUUGGAUAUAACAGGCUAAACGGAACUAUACCUCAAGAAAUCAUGCAGCUGGAAUCUCUUGUUGAAUUGUCUAUGGAUAGAAAUCAGCUGUCCGGUCGUUUUCCUAAAGAUGUUGGAAGAUUAAAACACGUUGGUCACCUAUCUGUCGCAGACAAUAGGUUGCAUGGAAACAUCCCAGAGACAAUAGGAGAUUGUCUCAACAUGGAAGAACUUUACCUGGGAGGAAAUGCAUUUGAUGGAGCUAUUCCAGAUGUCAGAAACUUGAGAGGACUUACACACUUCAACUUAUCAACCAACAAUUUUUCAGGCAACAUACCUGAAUAUCUAGCCAACUUUUCCUCGUUGAAGAAUUUAGAUCUCUCUGGUAACAACUUUCAGGGAGCUGUUCCAACAAAAGGAGUCUUCCAACAUCCUGGAAACUUUUCGGUAUCUGGUAAUAGAAAUCUUUGUGGAGGAAUGCCUGAACUCAAGUUAAAGCCAUGCCCUCGAAACGUCGUAGUAGCAAGGACGAGGAGAAGACAUUCAUCAAACAAGAAGAAAAUUUUCAUCAGUGUUGGUGUUGGUGUUGGUGUAGUAGCUUCUCUUCUGUUGUUGGCUCUAAGUUUGCUUAUGAAAAGGAAGAAGAAAAACACCAACCACUUGAUGAUGUCGAAUCCUCCAAUAUUAGACCCUUUCUAUGAAAGGGUAAGCUAUGAGGAACUUCGAGCUGCGACGAAUGAGUUCUCCUCCAGCAAUCUGAUUGGUUCAGGAAACUUUGGUUCUGUUUUUAGAGGGUUGCUUGGUCCGGAGGAGUCUAAAGCUGUUGCGGUUAAAGUUCUAAAUCUUCAAACGCGGGGCGCAGCCAAGAGCUUUAUGGCGGAAUGUGAAGCCUUGAAAGGUAUAAGGCAUCGAAACCUCGUGAAACUUGUGACUUCUUGUUCAAGCAUUGAUUUCAAAGGAAAUGAAUUCAAAGCUCUAGUGUACGAGUUUAUGCCCAACGGAAACCUAGACACGUGGCUGCACCACCACCAAGUGGAUGUCGAAGAAGGCUCUUUAAAUCAUACAAGACCGCUGAAGCUAUCUGAACGACUUAACAUAGCCAUAGAUGUGGCUUCUGUUUUGGAUUAUAUCCAUUCCCAUUGUCAUGACCCUUUAGCUCAUUGUGAUCUAAAGCCAAGCAAUGUUCUCCUAGACAAUGAUCUAACAGCCCAUGUAAGUGACUUUGGUCUUGCUCGGAUCAUUGACCAAGAGUCAUUUAUCAACCAAGUUAGCUCCACCGGUGUUAGAGGAACCAUCGGCUAUGUAGCACCAGAAUAUGGAAUGGGAGGCAAACCAUCGAGGGAAGGGGAUUUGUACAGCUUUGGGGUUCUUUUGCUGGAGAUGUUCACUGGAAAGCGCCCGACGGAUGAACUUUUUGUGGAAGGUUUUACUCUCCGUAGCUAUACCGAGUCCGCAUUGGCAGAACGUGUCCUCGAGAUAGCUGACACAUCGAUUCUCAGCGGUGAAAUUCAUAACAAGAACAUGAGUACUGUUGCUAAGUGUUUGAAGAUGGUUUUUAAUGUGGGGAUACGGUGUUGUGAACAAUCUCCCACAGAUCGGAUGACAAUGGCUCAAGCUUUACCUGAAUUAAUCUCACUCCGAGAGAGGUUCUUCAGGACCAAUAUGAGGAAAAUGUAGACGCUCGGCUCAUGUGGUGAUCUCUUGCAAACUUUGCACACGGACAAAGCACGUUUCCUUAGAGACAUAUACAAUACUCGAAUCUAUUGUGGAAAUUUUAGUAGUUGAUGUGUGUGUACUGCUUUGUAAUUUGAAUUUAAAUUUUGUGUGGCUAAAACUGAUCUUGUGCAAGAGUGAUAUUGGUAAUUUUUGUAAGAAAUCGACCGAGCUCUGUCUCUCCCUCUCUCUGUUUUAUCAUUUUUUGUUUGUCUUUCACCAACUCUUGUUUGCACAACAAGGAUCUAUAUAUUUUUUCGUUCUAUCCUCACGACUAUAAUGUGGUAUUUAAUUCACUGAAAGAAUUUUUUUCGUCUAAAAGUGUUUUUAUUCAAAAACAAAGAACAUAGAAGUUGAUAGAAAUGAUACAUCAUAUAAAAAAAAAUCAAAACAAACUCUUGGAAAACAAUAUAACCCGUUAGAAAAUACGAUCUGACAAAUACGAUUACAAGAAAAAUCAGUUAUGAAAUUUAGAUCCAAAUUUGGUUGGCUUUUCCGCAUAACAACUGCUGCAGCUACGUCAUUGUUUACACGAUAAAAAUUCUAGAUAAAAAUAUAUCAUUUUCCUUUGGUUAGAUCUCUUCCGAAAGCGAUCUUUUCAAAGAAGUUUGCUUUAGGUCGAACCAUUUGUGACAACCAUUUUAAAAGAUCGGUGCACAACUCUGAAUAUAAAAACUGGAGGAAAAUACAAAUAUCGACAAAAACUUUGAAAGAUAUAACUGGAAUAAACCCAUGAUACUAAAAAAAUAAGGAAGAAAAGACUAGAAUUUAGUGUAAAUGUUUAGAAUUUAAAAUAGUUGUUAUUUUAAUCUCUAGUUAAUGCUAUUUUGGGAAAUUGAGUUUCAAGGAAUAAUACAUUUGAAUUUAUUGAACAUCAUUCACCUACCGAUCUUGAAUGAAAAAGGCAAAAUUUGAGCAUAACCGCAACAUUUGCACUGCCCACCUACCCCACCCAACCGACCGGGGAUAGCAAUUAUACCAAACCAAUGAACUUAUCGGUUUAACAGUGGUAAAUGUUUUUCCAAAUAUCGGUCAAAUGGAUACCAAAACAGCAGGAGUUUGUUACGUAGUAACAACCAAUGUUUCUAAACCGUACCCGGACCACUUACCUGGUCGAGGGGUCACUGGGUCGACCACGGAUGAACUACAUAUUAAUAAAUGAAUUAAUAUUAUUAUAUAAUAAUAUAUUAACUAUGAAAAUAAAUAUGUUUAAAAAAACAUUUAGAAAAUAUUACACUUUUGUUUUUAUAUUUUUAUUUUCAUUUGACAUACAAAAUAUCAAAAAUAGAUUAGACUAUUUAAAAUUUUCUCUAACAAAGUAAGAGUUAUGAUAUCUAAAAAAUCAAGAUAUAAAAUUCAUAAAAAUUUAAAUGUCUAAUAUGAAUAAUAAAUUAACUUUCACAUUUAAAACAAACCAAAGUAAAAGAUCAUUGUAAUAAAUUAUCAAUAACGGAAAUAAACUAACACCAAAUCACAUCAACUAAUUUUGGUUCUCUCUACCAUCGUUCACUUCAUUUGCUUCAUAUGGCAUAGUGAAAUCUUCAUCAAAAUCUAAAAAUCACAAAUAUAAAACUGAAAAAGAAAAACCUAACUUUUUGUUAGCACAUAACUUCUUAAUUGGAAACUUAGAAUAUAAAACAUAAUCUAAAAACUAAAAAAAAAGAAGUAAAA